CGUGUAUCCCUCCGCGGUGAAUCUAUUUUCUGUGUCCGCGGCCGUGAUGAGUUGAUUGGCUGCAGGUGCGCGCUCCCGAAAGAAGAAGAAGAAGGAGAGGAAGAGGAAGAGGAGGAGGAGGAGGCAUGAUGUUUGAGGUGAAGCUGGAGGACUGUUUGCUCCGUGGAGACUCCACUCACCUGGUCUCUCUGCUUCACUAUGAAGGUCUGACCACCACCACCCUGACCAGGCUGGACCAGCUGGUUACCAAGGAGCUGUGUGAAUCUGGCUUCAGCAGAGUCCUGGUUGUGUUAAAGUCUUUAGGGAUUCUGUCCAGGAACAAAGACGACAUUCAGACGCUCAUCACCUUUGGACUAACACCUAAAGUGUUGCUGUGGUUCGAAGCAGUCCGGGAUGUGUUGACCUCUGACCUUCAGAGAACCUCCCCGCCCCUGAUGAACCUAGUUGAGGAGUUUUUCGACUUCUUCCUGCUCCUGGGUCAAGCUUCUCUUCCAGUCCCUCAGGUGUCUGUGGUUCUUCUUCAGUUGGCUCAGUUUGUUCUGGAAACACAAAUCCACUUUCCUUUGAGACUGGAGGCCAUCAGAACCUUCAACAGCAUCUUGGAAUCUCUGAGCCGGGAACAGAGGAGACUGAUCCAGAACGAGCGGAACCAGACACAGAUACUAUCCCAGGUGGCUGCAGCGGUUCUGACGGUUGGAGACUACGAGCUGCAGGUCAGCCUAUCAGAGGCUCUGUGUCGACUGACUCCUCGCAGAGACCGGCAGCAGCGAGCCAAUCAGUGGUUCUCCAGCCGUGACAUCAGCAACGCCUUCUGUGACAUCAGAGACGCAGACUUUGAGGUGGACUGCAGGCGUUUCCUGAACUUUGUCAACUGUUACCAUGGAGACCAGAGGAGGGUCUACACCUUCCCCUGCAUGAAAGCGUUCCUCAACUCCACUCAGAUGUUCCGUCCGAAAGAUGAAAAACUGGACGAGUUCUGGAUUGAUUUUAAUGUCGGCUCUGGAUGCGUGAGCUUCUUCAUUGAUGAGCCUCAGAGUUUCCUGUGGGGCUCCAUCCACCUGCUGAAGGAGGAGGUGACUCAUUACGGCCUCCAGCUCAAACACGAUGAGACGGUCCUCAGUGUUGAGCUGAACAAUCCCAUCAUGCACCACAACAGCACAGGUCAGACAGUGAAGCUGAUCUUCAGCUGUGAACAUCACAGAGACCUGGAGGAAGCUACUGGGAGGAUCUUCAUGAAAGUGCAGAGUUCCCCCCAUCAUACAGAUGCAGGUGGUACAGUCCAGCGCCCCCCCUCUGCUGAGCAACACAGUGUUCGAUCCUACGGUCGCAAGAAAUCCAAGAUCAAGAGUCAGCUGAAGAUUCUACGUCUGUCAUCUGCGAGCAGUGAGGAAGACUCCUCUGUAACCACGCCCACAGCGAGGAGCAGAGCAGAGAUCCUGUUUGAUGACAUCAUCCACUCCACUCCCAAAGUCUGUGUUCCAGAGGGGGCGGAGCUACAGACAGAGGAGGUGGACGGAAGUGUCACUUCUAAAAAGGAAGUUUUCAGGAAGAGAGAAGCUCAAGAGUCAGGAUACCUGUCAGACCAUACCGAGGGCACGUUGACCCGAAAGAGGAGGGUGGAGCCUCAAGAAGAAGGGGAGGAGUCUAUCUCAGCAGAGACGGGGGCGGGGUCAAAUGCAGAGGAAGGAAGGAUAAUACAUGAGGAGGUGUGGCCAGCGAUUGAGGGGGAGGGGCUUGAUUCUGAGCAAGGGGCGGAGCCAGAGUCCAGCCAGACACAUGACAUCACAGCAGCCUUCAGAACUUUCAAAGCUGAAGUGGAGAAACACUUGACUGGCUGCUGGCAUGACGUCAACAAUCAGCUUCUUCUGUCUCUGAAAGAUUGUCAACAACACGUCUCGUCGCUGCUCUCAGCUGUCCAUCAAAACAGGUCGUCACAUGUUGUCAGGUUGUUGUUGUUGCAGAGCUUUGAAGGCAACAUCGCGGAUCAACUGAAGCAGCUGGAGGAAAACUCUUCCAAGCUGGACUCCAUCAACUCUCAGAUCCUGAGUUUUUUCCAGUCUCAGAUGCAGCAACUCAGCUCCUUCUGCACCGAACACCUGGAGAGGUUGAUGUCGUUGGACGUUGGUGCAUCGGGGACAGAGCGUCCAUCAAGUCAAUGAAAGAGGAAGAUUGGUGUAAUCCGGUUAGAACACACCAGAACCACAGAACCAGAACUGGCUGAUUUUUUUUCUGUCAAUCACCAAACAACAUUUAAGUUUUGGUGAAUUUUGUUUUUCCUGUUAAAGAAUCAGUUUCAUGAUCAAAUAAAAACAAAGUGAAUCUGG